AUGCAAUAUUCAAAAAUCGCCUUAUUAUCAACCAUCUCAGGUGCUUUAGCCAGCUAUAACAGUACAGUUGUCGAUAUCUCAUCAAUCACGCUUACUGUGACAUCUUGCCAUUUAGAUGCCUGUAAAACUUCUGAGGUUAUUACUGGAGUCACCACCGUCACUGAAGUCGAUACUACCUACACCACUUAUUGUCCAUUAACUUCAGGUCCAGCUCCAACCACCGUUGCUGCUGAAUCAAGUGCUGCUCCAUCAACCCACGCUAAUGCUACUGUUUCAUCAUACUCAGCAGGUGCCGGUAAAGUUCAAGUUGGUGCUGCUUUAUUAGCCGGUGCUGCUUUAUUAUUAUAA